AUGAAACUUUUCUUCUCAUUGAAGAAUCCAGAGCCUCCCUCGUCAUCCUUCUCAUUAAGCUCCGCUCUCUUCAGUUCCCCCAAUAUCCCUAUGGUUCUUCAAGUUCGAAUCACGGAAAGCACUCAAUUCCCACAGAGAGAUGGGAGGGGGGAAUGGAUUGGACUAGGGUACUGUAGGUGGGUGCUUGAGGAAGUGAGGGAGAUGGCUGCUGUGCAGUGGAGGAAUAGGGAGGAGGCAGGAGGGUGGGGGGUGGGGGUAUGCGUGAUGAGAGGGAAGGGGUUUUAUAAUUUUAAAAAAUAUUUUUAG